GAUGUUACCAAAAAAAAGGCCACGCGUUUCGUUGAUUCGGAAAAAUAUUUUUUCUUGAAAAUUGAAUCAAUUUUUUCUCGGUUUUUCAAUAAAUUCUUCGGUAAACAAUGAAUAGAUUAUCUUGUUUAACUUGUCAGAUAAAUUUAUCAACAUCAAAUGAUCAACGUGAACAUUAUAAAAGUGAAUGGCAUCUUUAUAAUUUGAAACGUAAAUUAAAUCAAUUAAAAUCAAUAAAUGAAGAUGAAUUUAAUCAGAUUAAAAUUAAACAUACAAUUUCGAAUAAUGAUAAUAAUGAUCCAUUGAAGAAAGAAGGGGUUGAAGAAUCAUUUUAUUGUGAUGUAUGUCGAAAAAAUUUUCUAAAUCAAAAAGCAUAUGAACAACAUAAUUCAAGUAAUAAACAUUUACGACAAAUGGAUAUUGCUGCUAGACUUUUGAAUCGAUAUCAACAUCAAAAACAACAACAGAAAAUGAAAUCAAAUGCUGAUGAUGACAAAAAACCAAAACAAAAUGACAAAGAUGAAGAAGAAGAAUUCAAUGAAUCCGAUUGGGAAGAAAUGGAUAGUGAUGAUGAUGAUGAAGAAGAAGAAAUAUUCGAAACAAUUCCUUUGAAUGAAUGUUUAUUUUGUUCACAUCAAUCCAUCGAUAUGGAAACAAAUAUUCAACAUAUGGCAACAAUACAUUCAUUUUUUAUUCCCGAUAUUGAAUAUUGUUCAAAUUUAAAAGGUUUAUUAAAUUAUCUUGGUACGAAAAUUGCCGAUGGACAUUGUUGUCUUUGGUGUAGUGAUAAUGGUAAAACAUUUUCAUCAACUAAAUCAACACAACAACAUAUGUUGGAUGUUGGUCAUACAAAAAUAAAUUUCUAUAAUCGUACUGAAUCAUUAAUAGAAUUUGAAGAUUUUUAUGAUUAUUCAUCAAGUUAUCCAACAACAAUGGAUGAUCAGACAUCGAAACAAACCGAAACCGAACAGCAACAAGAUGAUGAUGAUGAAAUAGAUUUAAAUAUAUUGGAUGAUGAUAAUUAUCAGCUACGUUUACCAUCGGGUAAAAUUAUUGGACAUCGUUCAUUAAUGAUUUAUUAUCGACAAAAAUUACGUCCACAAUCGCAACAACAAUUAGUAGCGACAACAUCAAAAUCGAAUCAUGAAUUAAUGAAUCGAAUUAAACAUGGUUAUCGUAUGAUUGGUGGUGGUGGUGGUGGUUGGAAUUGUUCGAAUGUUCGCAGUGGUAGUUCGAAUGAGUUAAUUAGCCAUCAACAACGACAACAAUUUAUACGAGAUAAACAAUAUAUUGAUCGUUUAAGACAAAAAUGGUCGGUAAAAUUAGGACAAAAAUCCAAUCAAACAUUACAAAAACAUUUUCGUUGUCAAAUGGGUUUUAAAUGAAUUUCAGAAUUUCAGAAUGCUUUUUCUUGAUUGUAAAAUCAGAUAAUUUUA